AGAAUGCAUUCCAAAGGCUGGAAGGAGCAAAGAUGUGACAUGGGGAAAUAGGAUUCGGAAGACAGGGUGAAGGAAGGAGAACAAAGAACAGAAAGGGGGUGGGAGUAGAGCGAGGGGCAGCUUAGAGGAGCAGCAGGAGGCACCCUGCUGCCUCAGUGGCUCUCCUUCAUUUACAGGACAGUCCAACGAACCUUGUCCUGGCCACUGACCUCUUUCUCCAGCCUGUUGGAAGUUAAAAAUCUGAGAAAUUUUCACCCCCAAAUGAAGGUUUCUUUUGGCAGUCUGGAGGCUCUGGCUCCAUCUCCUGUGGCUGGGAAGUGGCUGUGGACAGAAGUCAGGCUAUCCCUGUGGAGUUUGUGACGGUCUUCUUACUUCUCACAUACUGCUUCUUUGCUUGUUUCUGUCACUGGUCCCUCCAACAGUCACCUGAGCCUGAGCCCCAGGAAACCCGGAGUCGUGUGCAUCUCGCUGUAAUGAGAAAUUUAACCGUGGUGCAGUCUGCCAGUGUGAUCGUCAGUGUCCCCAGCAUGACGACUGCUGUGAUGACUAUGGACAUCUGUGCACUGCUGAAGAAGGGCCCCCAGAGCCAAAGGCAUUCCUCAGUCCAGAGGAAGAGAUUCCAGUCAACCGGCCGCUGCCGGGAAGCCUACGACAAGCACCACCCUUGCCACUGCAAUGAACGAUGCAGAAAGUUUGGGGACUGCUGUGAAGAUUUUGACAGCCUGUGUGGUGAUCAUG